AGAACCGGUUCCAACUUGAGCAAGCAGCAGCAGAACAUGGAGGCCUUGGGAAAACACAGAAAUCCAGGCCCUUUCCCUUGUAAGUGAAGGCUGCAUAUACACAGAAGAGGAUCAGAAGGCAGGUUGCACACUUGUUUAUCCAUGAGGAUUUGUGGAAAUUUUGGGUCCGUGACUACCAUCUGUUCCACACGAUGAGUAACAGCCACCCUCUCCGCCCCUUUACUGCAGUGGGGGAAAUUGAUCAUGUGCACAUUCUGUCUGAGCAUAUUGGUGCCUUGCUGAUUGGUGAAGAGUAUGGUGAUGUCACGUUUGUGGUGGAAAAGAAGCGCUUUCCUGCCCACAGGGUCAUUUUAGCAGCUAGGUGCCAAUAUUUUCGGGCAUUACUGUAUGGUGGGAUGCGAGAGUCACAGCCUGAAGCAGAGAUCCCUCUCCAAGACACCACGGCCGAGGCCUUCACGAUGCUCCUCAGAUAUAUCUACACGGGGCGGGCGACACUGACGGAUGAGAAGGAGGAGGUGCUGCUGGACUUUCUGAGCCUGGCUCACAAAUACGGAUUUCCAGAGCUAGAGGAUUCUACCUCAGAGUAUCUCUGCACCAUCCUGAACAUUCAGAAUGUCUGUAUGACUUUUGACGUUGCCAGUCUCUACUCGCUUCCCAAGUUGACUUGUAUGUGCUGCAUGUUCAUGGACAGGAAUGCUCAGGAGGUGCUGGCCAGCGACGGCUUCCUCUCCCUGUCCAAGACAGCACUCCUGAACAUCGUCUUAAGAGAUUCGUUUGCUGCUCCUGAGAAAGAUAUUUUCUUAGCUUUGUUAAACUGGUGUAAGCACAAUGCAAAAGAGAACCAUGCUGAAAUCAUGCAGGCUGUGCGCUUACCUCUAAUGAGCCUCACCGAGCUGCUGAACGUGGUGAGGCCGUCAGGACUCUUGUCUCCGGAUGCUAUUCUAGAUGCCAUCAAAGUGCGGUCGGAGAGCCGGGACAUGGACCUCAACUACAGAGGCAUGCUCAUACCUGAAGAAAACAUUGCAACUAUGAAGUAUGGGGCCCAGGUUGUGAAAGGAGAGCUGAAGUCGGCCUUGCUGGAUGGCGACACUCAGAACUAUGACUUGGAUCAUGGCUUUUCCCGGCACCCCAUCGAUGAUGACUGCCGCUCUGGCAUUGAGAUCAAGCUUGGCCAGCCGUCCAUUAUAAACCACAUCCGGCUCCUCCUGUGGGACCGUGACAGCCGGUCUUACUCCUACUUUAUCGAGGUGUCUAUGGAUGAGCUUGACUGGAUCAGAGUGAUAGAUCAUUCACAUUAUCUGUGUCGCUCGUGGCAAAAGUUGUAUUUCCCAGCUCGGGUCUGCAGGUAUAUUCGAAUAGUUGGGACUCACAACACAGUGAACAAGAUUUUCCACAUCGUGGCUUUUGAAUGCAUGUUUACAAACAAAGCCUUCACUCUGGAGAAGGGCCUGAUAGUUCCCAUGGAGAAUGUGGCAACGAUUGCUGACUGCGCCAGUGUGAUCGAAGGGGUCAGUCGGAGCCGGAACGCCUUGCUGAACGGGGACACUAAGAAUUAUGACUGGGACUCUGGCUACACAUGCCACCAGCUGGGGAGUGGCGCCAUUGUGGUUCAGCUGGCACAGCCGUACAUGAUUGGCUCAAUACGGUUAUUACUCUGGGACUGUGAUGAUCGAAGCUACAGCUACUAUGUUGAGGUUUCCACCAAUCAGCAGCAGUGGACCAUGGUGGCUGACAGAACGAAAGUGUCCUGCAAGUCCUGGCAGUCAGUCACUUUUGAAAGACAGCCUGCAUCCUUCAUCCGAAUCGUGGGAACGCACAACACAGCAAAUGAGGUGUUCCACUGUGUCCACUUUGAGUGUCCGGAGCAGCAGAGCAAACAGAAGGAGGACAGCAGUGAGGAGCCAGGGACAGGGGACCUCAGCACCCCCAGUCAGCAGCUCGACCCUCGUGCCCCGCGGGCACCCAGCGCCAGCUCACUCCCGCCCAGUCCGGGCCCCAACUCCCGCUCACCCAACCAACAGAACCAAUAAAGCAGGCAGAGGAUGUCGUGGGACUUGGGUGGGCCUGGAUGGAACGGUGUCCUCCCCGUCCCUGGGAGGAUCAGGCCUGACUGCAAAGCCCACCACAACCAGGUUUUUUCCCUCCAGGGACAGAAGGGUGCCUGUGUUCUCCUUGCUCCUCAGACUGUCUCCAGGGGGAGGAAGUGGGUGUUGACUCUUCAAGCCCACCAUCAAUCCCUACCUCUAAUCUAACCCAGGUACCAGCGCUGAAGGAAUCUAUAAACAGGCCCAAGCUGGAAUGAAUUAAAAAAAAAAAAAAAAGAAAGAAAGUACCCUACGCCUUGACAAAACCAGAAAAGGCCCGGAGUGUCCCCUCUGUGGCCGGCUGCUGGUUGUGCAGGUUUUCUCUGCCUGCUAACUCACAGUGUUGAAGGCCUGUGGAUUGCUCUGGCCCUCUCCAAAGGUCUUCCUCACUCUCCGAUGCUUGCCCGUGGGCAGAGUUCGAAGCUUUUAGGAGACUGAAAGAGACCAAUGUCGUUCACAUGGCACCCGGCCUGCCACGGAAAAUCCUCAAAGUUCAACCAGACACUCAACGUGCAGAUCACUCAGUCUGUGGACACUGGAGUUAAUAACUGAUCAGAUUGCCACUGUUAACCUGUUCCUGAUGUGUACCUGGGAGGCGGCAGUUACCACACCAGCUGCUGGAGAGCGACCCAGAAGCCCAUGUCAACAGACACUUGCCCAGCCCAAGGCUUCUGGGCCUUCUGGGCCUCGAGGUUCAGCUGCCCUUGGACUUGGAUAAGUCAUAGAUGGUGUGUCAGGGGCACAGGCCUGGGACCAACAGCGUGUCUCCUGCACUGAGGCAUCCACCUGGGGUAGCAAAGAGCGGGUCUCAGGCGCUUCUGGUUUUGACCACGGCGUUGCCACCCGGUCCCUCUGUCCCUCCUGUGGCUUCCAUGAACAGCUUCUGUGCCUCCACCCACUAUCCCAAGGCCCCAUGAGAACACCUUACCAUGUCCUGUUAGCAUGCUCAGAGAACAGGGCUUGGGUCUAGUCCAGUCCUAGAAGUGAAAGGAUGGGUCAGCCAGCUCUGUGAGUUUUUGGUGGAAUGGCUGGUCCACACGGAAGAGGCCUCAGCUGCAGUGGGGGCCAUCUUCUGUGAGUUCAGGCCUAGGGUGGCAGAGCUGGGCCCCAAGGAGACUAGUCAAGAGUCCGAACCUCUGGCUUCAUUUUGCUGUGUGGUGUGGCUGUCUUUGGUAAGGAGGCUUCCAUGGAUGGAUGGAGGGUGUGGCUAUAGUGUGUGGAGCGCUGCCUUUGGCAGCAUCCAGCCCGGAGUUGCCAAUAUCUCUAGCAAGCCAAACUCCCUGCCAGUGCACAAGGAACCCCAGUCCUGUGGAGGAUGGAGUUUGUCGCUUUUGGAAGAUAAGUGUGAGAGCUUGUUAGUUUUGUUGGCCAUUUGGCUAAGGUAGAUUCUCCUCCUGUAGCCCAGGUUAGCCACACUCCUCCUGGCAAUUUUCCUGUGUCAGCACCCCGAGUUCUCAGCUUACAGGUAUGAGCUAGCACAUGCUACCACAAGACAUUUUUGUAAAGACAGAAGACAAGGUGCAGGUCCAGGCCUGGAGCCCAGCAAUUCCCCUGGGGCAGAGGGUCUGAGCUGGCAAGGAGCCCCUAGUGUCCACCCCAGAUGUCACCACACACACCUAGCACACUAGGUGCUGGGCACUCAGUCCUCUUGGCAGCCUCAGUUCCCAUCUGGCUAGCCCAGACUCAUCUGAGACCCAUGUCUCAUGGCUUCCUUUCUCCCUUCAGACCCUACCGCCUAACCCCCAGUGAUUGUGCAUUCAAGUUGUAAGACCAUAGAGGCUGGAUAAUGUCAGUGUACGCGGGGCCAUGGUGCCUUCAGAUACGCAGGAUGGGAGAUGGGACAUCAAAGUCACCAGUGUCAGAGGGGGCAGGGGAAGUUCAGAGAACCGUGGCAAACGCUCAGUCACCUGGGCUGACUCCCAAGCUGCCCUUGAGAUGCCUUCCCUGCUCAGGACGCAGGAGGACGUUUACCUCCCACUCGACACAGGAGUGUACCCACCCUUGGCUGAUGCCCGUGUAAUGUGCCCAGAUGCCAUAGCCAAGGGUGUCACAGCCACAUCUAAGGUAAGGUCCACACUUCCAGGGGACAGAGAUGAGCUAGAGUCUGGCUUGUCCCCUGCAGGAUUAUCCCCUGAGCCAACAGACUGGAAGUGACACUCGAGUGCUGAGCUGGGCAGAAGCGCUAACAAGUCACGCUGGUGGGAACCGAGUAGCCCUGGCACCGCCCAAGGUGAUGCUGACUCUAAGGACCUUUGGGUGCCAGGAAGGGUCACAGUCAAGCUAUGGGGGGCUGAAGCAGCGUGAGCUGUUCUCCCCCAGCCCUGCCCUUGCCACUAAGGGCAUCAGUGUGAAUAUGACCCUUGUGGGCUCAGCGUGGAGGGUGUGGCUCCCACCUGAUGCCUCGAGCUGUAGAAUGGCACCCGCUUCCAGAGCUUCCUGCCCUGUGAUUGUGUUCUUUAGGACACCAGACAACAUCACUGGGGCUUUGAGACGUUCAGUCUCACCCACAGGAACUCCCAGGGAACAAAUGGGAACAGCUGGACAGGGAGGUUUGGGCACGGGGUGGGCUUGAGGGCAGCUCUCUGCACGGCAGCUUUGAGCAGCCUCAGGUGGUCUUGCACUUCGGCUCAGUUUCCUACACCCUCGGUACUGCUUUGUUCUGGUCUUAGUGGGGCCGAAAGCCCAGGGAGAUGUGGGGUCUUCCCAUGGCUCUUCAGCUGUCGCCUUGCAGUCUUAUUAAAUGAGGUGUCGAUUCCUGACAAACACAUCACAAGUGUUUCAUUCCUAGAAAGAGUUGGAAAAAGAACUUCUUUUCAGCAGGAGAGGGCCGUGUUUGUUAGACCGAUUCCUUGCCUCCACACCAAUGAGUUUUGAAUUGUGCAAGGAAAAAAAUUGCUCAGUAGUUAAGCCGUCUGCAGCAAUUGUCAAGCUCUGAGCGCACAGCUGAGCAGCCCAUCUCCCGCUCCGACUCAGAAGGUAACAGGACUGCAACCACAGCCUCCGCAGAGCCACGGGGAUGGGGUGAAGUCUGUCACAAUUGGGGCCUGGUGUGCUUGGCAGGACUGCAGGCCUCCCUCUGCAUGGGGACAGAGGUGUCAGAGCAGAGGACUCUCUCGUUAAGCUUGGCCCUGCCACGUUGUUCCGCAUCACCCUGCCUUCUGUGUGGCACAUGGUUUUGGAGCAGUGCUGAGGUGCCCGCCACCAUGGGCACUGGGCAAGCUCUGGUUAUUCUGCAGCACGGUCAUUGACUUAAUUCUGACAACAGCCUCAGGAGGAGGUGGGUGCUCAUUAGUGGCCCUAGGCAUUAUAAUGCCCUGUGCCACCAGGUGGGUUGCCCCAUAUUCAGGGUUCUGGGGUCUCCAAAAGGGAGGAGAGUGGCUGAGGUAGCCAUGUUGGAGGGCACCCAACUCUCCCCUGGCUGAGGGUCUGGGCGGGCUGCACUUUGCUUCUGUAGGGCACGUGGAGCCCAUCCUCCACACCCUCCAGUGUGUCUGUUCCUCCCUGUCCUGUCUCUUGUCCUUCACGUUGAAAAAUGCACAGGACUAGUUCCAGAAUAAGCUUUCAGUCUAGCAGAGACUGCCCAUUGCCUCUCUGGCUGGGCCAUUCCUGACCUGAGUCUGGGGCACCUGGUCCUCUACUGUCCCCACCCAAACCCUGUUUCUAGUCUCUGCUGCUAGAAGCCAGACUGAGUGGGGCUUCUAGACAGAUAGGUCCCCUUCAGCCCCCAGCCAAGGACACAACCACCCCUGUAAUUUACAGUAAAUGUCCUCCCAGGGCUUGCCACUUACAGAUCUGGGCAGUUAGGUAAAGUGGUGGCCCAGAGCCACACACCUAGUCCUGCCAUGUCUCCAGCCUCUCAGUCUUCCCAAGCGUCACCUUUGAAAGCCAGUGGCAGUGGAGGUGCAAAGCAGGGUCCCCAGCCCAUUGAGGGAAUCGCAGUGUAGGCUGUAAGUGGAUUCCAUCUCUGAGCCCCAGGGGUCAGAGCUGCCCUGGAGAUGUAUCUGAGGCUUCCCCUACAACCUCUGGCGGCUGCUUCAGGCCUAUGUUCCACCCCCCUAUUGUAGCUCGACACGGGGUCAGUACUGGUGUCCAGCUGUCACAGAAAUAGUCCCUCUAAAAUUGGCUUCAGGCCAUAGCUCUGUAAGAAUGGAGAGAAUCUCAGCCAGGAUUACUGGGGUCUUAGAAAGCCAGGGCUAGGGCAGCUCUGGGUCUCAGGAAGGCCUUCCAAAAGAGGCCUUCUAGGACACAAUGCGAGCCUGAAAGCCAGGAAGUUCCUUGUCUCUAUCUCCACCCCCACCACGCCCAGCACCCAGGAUAGUAACUGGCUUGGGUCAUGCCUUUGCAGUGAAGGCAGGUGACCGCGCCCCAUGGGUGUCGAUGCACAGUGCCCAUGAGCUGCUCUGGCCAAACUUGUGGAGGCUGGAUCUUUCAGAGACGAGUAGCCACUUCCCCUCCAUGGCUGCCAUUUCUGGGCCUCUGAAGAGUGCGAGUGCCAUCCUGAUAUGGUGCGGGUCAUGCUAACCCUGGGCACGGCCCCCUGAGGAAGUGUCCAGGGCAGUGUUUGGAAUGUGUUCCUGAGGUGGCGUGGCAUCUUUUUGUAGCGAGCUGUGUUGUGACCUUUGGUUCAUGUGUGUGCAAGGCCACUACAGGCUCACCAUAGAAAUAAAGCGGCGACUUUGAUACUUUGA